AUGUACUUCCAGGUGGUGUCCAUCGCACACUCUCUCGAGAAGCCACAAGAGGAGCUGGGUGACGUGACGCUCUCCCCCGUCUUUCGCCGCGUAUCCGCACGCUGCCCGGUGCUGCACCUCUUCGGCUACGUUCACAUUCCCUCUGCGCAUGUCGCCUCACCAGAAGCCCCCUCACCGUGCUCGGCAGCAGCGAGCUCUCUAGACAGAAAAAAUAGUGUCGGCCGUCACUGGCACAAUGAGCCGGUGCCGCUCGCCACUCUGCUGGAGCCUGCUGCCGACGGCACCACACCAAGCGCACCACCACCGCCGGCGCCUUCCUUUGUCAACGUGCAGGCGCACACACGCCCUGCUUUCACUUCGCCCUCGCCGAAGCUGGCUGUUGGCUCUGUACGUGUGGCGGAGCCGUCCGAGGAAAGCGACCAGACGUCGGCGAGUCUCCACCGACAGGAGGUGGUCCAUCCUGCACUCGCACACACCCGCAGCAAGUCGAAAGAGGCCUUUCGAAGCUCGGCUCUGCUGCGGCUGCGGUACACCCAACGCCGCGCCUGCCUGCACGUCCACGGUUUCUAUCCCUCUCUGCUGUUGCCUCAGUACAACCGCAGCGUAUCGGCGGAUCAGCUGGCCGCACAGCUGGAGACGGUGGUACUGCGCGUGUUGAGCAAACAGGGCGUCUUCGUACCUGGUCAGCAACUGGUACACGAUGUUCGCGUUGUGCACCGCUACAACGUCUACGGCUACCGUCCCCACGCCUACGCGUUUUACCUGGUGGAGCUGGUGGACCCGAACGUGCAGCAAAAAGUGAUGGAGGUUCUGCAGAGCACCCGCGAGGUCGGCGGGCGUCAGUGGCAGCUGUACGACGCUCACAUGAAGUACCACACGCAGUUUAUGGUGCACUGGCGCAUCAACGGCAUCGCACCGUUUCCGCUGCCGGUGCCGAGGUGUCACGUGCGUCUGCCCACCGCGGCAGAGUUGCGGCACCGCUUUAACCCCCCUUCUUCUUCCUCGUCUGACGAGGACAGCGGCGGAAGCGAAGACGCGCCAUACAAGUCCGAGUGGAAGAGACGAAACGCGAGCUCCAGUCAGGGCGUUCAUGGCAGUGGGGUGGCGGAGGGCUUCCCCUACGCCGGACUGCCCUUUCAGCGCUUUUGGCGGCCAGACGAGUUAGACCGACUCACGACGGCGGAGGUGGAGAUGGACGUGUGCGCGCGUGACCUGGGUGAGCCUGGCGAGGGCGACGCGGCAGCCGCCGAAGGUGGCGCACCAAGCUCUCCAUCACACAGGACGGAAACGGCCGACGUAACUGGAAAUGGUGUCGUCCGUCGAGGCGGCGUCUCCGCAGGCGAUAAUUUGAGCUACACACGUCGGAGCAUUCGACGGUACUUUAAAGAGCACGGGGUGGCCGAUGCGCUGCGGGUGGCGGACACCAUCGCGGUGGAGCGCCAUCGGCACGCCGCAGCGUUGUCGGCUUCCGUGCCGGCCAGAGAGGACGCCUCUGCCUCAGCGGCUGUGCUGCGCUAUGGAAAUGUGGUGCAGAUCCAACGGGCAGACCCGACGGUGCAGUGGAUGCGGCACCGCAUGCUGGAGUACUUGGAGCAGCGUCGUGCGAGUGCUGCCGCUGCCGCUGCUGCCGCAAAUCCAUCAAAGUGGAAGGCAGAGGGCGGCGAUGAUGAUGAUGCGGCAGAAAGCGGGCUGAAGGGCGUGUCAGUAAAGCUUUCUCCUGCUCCUCCGUUAUCUGUGGCUCUUGUGGACUCUUCAACGGUGCCGUUUGCCGGUCUCGCACCGGCCAUGACGGCCGCACAGCAGCAGGAGCAGCGUGCCAUUCGCGCGCAGAUGGUGGCCGAGUACAGCAAACCCGGCGGCGGGCACCGUCGCCACACCACGGUGCAAACCUACUCUGAGCGCCGUGUGCUGGUCCCGGCGUUGCAGCCGACCUUUGCGGAGAUGGGCGCUGAUGCCGUCACGGCGACGGGGCGCGGCAGCAGGCCGAGUUGCUCUGCGUACGGCACAGCCGAUAACAAGGCGGAGCAGACAACCGGGAAUGCACGCUACAUCGGCUUCAGCGCCGACAGCCUCCAACUGUCACCCUCUCAGGACACCGCGACGCCCUCCGCGGUGGCAGCAAUUACAGCGGAGCAGACGGCGGGGUUUGGCGUUGUGUUGCAGCCGUGGCUGCGUGGGAUGUCCGCACCAGAUGUGAAGGAGGUGGAGAUGGCUGCUACGCAGGACCUCAUGGCGGCGUUGGUUGCACGUUCCUCUGUAUCGCUGGGUACGGCGGAGGCAGAACAUCGAGCGUCGUCUCCGCACCCACCGGUGGCGCAGGGGGCAGAGAAGAAGGGCGAGGAAGGGGAGGCGGCCCACCACACGUGUAGCAGCUCCUCCGCGUUCUUCUCCGAGCCGCACAGGAGGUCUCAACUAUCCGCCGCGGAAGAAGUGGAUGCGCAGCUUCAGCUUAAGAGGUCGGCAGUUGACGCAGGCACUCCACCUGUGGAUGCGGCGUCCGACGCGGUGGAUCACAAGGGAGUCGCCUCUCAGCAAUCCUCGUGGUUCUCGCAGUUGUCCUGGUCGUCGGACUCCUCAUUUUCAAGCAGCGGAAGAGAAGCUACGGCGGCCGCUGCGGAUGUCGUUGCUGCCGCGAAGAGGGAGAAGGACCGUGAUGCGACGGCGAAGAGCGAUCUUAAAGUUUCUCUGGGUUCUGUCGCACAGAAGUCACAGCCGCCGCUAGAAGCUGCGGAGCUGGCGAAGGCUGAGCUUCUCUUCGGACAAGCGGAUCGACAGCGGCAGCGUCCACGGAAAGUGGAAGAUGAAGAAGAUGUGAAGUCGCCGCGAGACCUUCCGACGCAGAACCUGGGACGCCUGUCUGCGUGUUUAUGUGAUCCAAUUUCAGGUAGCGAUCGGGCAGAGAGACACGGCGAUGCCCGCCUUUCUCCGCUAUGUUUUCCACGCGAUGUUGACGCAACGACAGGUUCUACACCGCCGCUCUCCUCCAGCGGUGCGUCAGAGCACCAGAGCUGCAAGCGAGAGGCGGGUGUCACUCGCCAAGCGCGGUGCUGUUCAUCGCCAAGGACGAGUGAGAGCGCCACCACACGCCACACUGUGGGCGACUGCGUGGCCUUUGUCCGAGUGCAUCCUCCCCACCAACACGAACAAUUCAGCUCUCACGCGUUCAGUGCGCGAGGCGUUGACGACACGACGGUGUGCGAAGUGCUGGCCGCAGCGCGGAUUGCGCAAGUAGCAGCAGACACCGUUGCCCUUCGGUGGUUUCUGCAGUUGAGCGAAACACAUCUGGCAGAGGACGAGGCGGCGCUGGUGCGGCGAGGGGCGUGGAUUCGUCGCACACGGUGUAUGCAUGUGCCACGGACGCCCAACAACGAACGUCCAAACCCCACCGAGAAUCCUGUGCAACUGGGCGAGAUGCUGUUAGGCGAUGCGGUGGAUGUGGUGCCGGCAUCGGUGCUGGAGGAGGAUGCUCUGCCGUCUGCCCUCGCCUACGCGGCGGCGCGCUCUGCACCCACUCAGCGACUUCUCGUCGAUCACGACGUGCCGCACAAGUCCAUGAGCGUUGACCACCGUGUACAGUCACUCCACGGCGCGCCUCACGAAGGGCGUAACGAGGAGAGUGAGGAAGGAACGGUGCAUGUGUGGCCCGUGCACUGCUGCAUCGAUGCUCACUCGUACAGGAGCUGCAACAGCAAAUGGCAGCGCCGGCGCAGCCAGUUUCCUCCCUUGCGUAUCUUGUGCCGGUACCAGUACGUAAUCCACGCCCGUGUCCUCACAGCCGUGACGUCCGACCUGUUCACCUCCUCUAGCGUUGUGCCGAACCCUCGCCGCCUAACCACACAGGAUCGAUCCUUUGCUGGGAUGGCUGCCCGAAGACUCCACAGUUCAAAGACGCACUCGGGGACAGUAAACACCUCCACACACCCAUCAACGGAGGUGGCAGGUGCCCUGCUGCGUUCUCCUGCCUCUCGACCAUCGCAGCGCUCCUCCACGCAUCCGCGGACAUCACGCGUUCUUUUCACCCAGCCAGAACGGCUUACGUUGUCCGACGACGGGGAUGCGGAUGUAAGAGACGGUGGUAAGGAAGGCUUUCCUGUGUCGGCGACCUCUCGACCCCCUCUAGAAGGAGAUGUGGAUUUAGAGCUGGGCACUAGUAGAAAAGAUGAAGGCGCUGAAGAAGAGGACGAUGCCCAGCGAGUGUCGACGUGUGGCAGCGGUGAUGGCGCAGAAGGCGAAGGUGAAGACACUCUUCUAUUUCCGAGCAGCGCGUCGAGCAGCAGCAGCAGCAGCGGCGGUGGCGGCCCACCUCAGCGGAUGUCGAGCCACAAGAAGCGAGAUAGGAAAAGGGCACGUUUUGAGGGCGUGGGCUCGUUGGCCAGUUCCAGCGCGCAGACGGCGCUGCACCACACACGGCCCUCGCAGCUGCUGCGAAGUGCCGAAGGGAGUUCCUUUGCCGCCAACCCUUCACGUAAGCGCCGUAGCCGUGGGCACUAUCGCGUGUCGACGCUCCGCAUGCCAGCGCACAGCUUCAUGGUGGGUGCGGUUCGCAUUCAACGCAGCGUGCACGCUGACACUCGCCACGCAGCCGAUGUGCUCCAAAGUCAGGAGCAGCUGCGAUGGCGGCGCUACUCCGCAGCCAUGGAGGACGAAGACGCACGCAGGGGGAGGGAGUCAAGUGGUGUGAUUGGACCGGCGGUGUCGUUCUCGAAUGCGAGCCUUGUGGACGAGGAAGAAAGUAUCGCCGGCGACGCAAGGCUACCAAGUGACGGCCUCGCUAGCGUCUCUCACCCGGCCCAACCCAAUCGCGACAGCACGCGUGCGAAUGAAGAGGCCCAAAGGGAGGUGUUGAUUAACUCCUCUUCCGCGUCGUCGUCUCCCCUCCAACACACGGUGAGGGACACCGCCGAUGUGGCGCGAGACGCAGUGUCAUCGUUCUCGUCCGUGGCGUCUGCCGACUCCGCUGCGGCUUCUGAAGCGUCGUCAGUGGAGGCGGUGGGCGUGGUGACCGCCUCCCAGCGCACCUUCCUUCAGCUUUUUCGACAGCCGGCUCCCUCCGACGCGAAGAUGCGGAUGGGCGGCACAGUGCUUCAGACCGGUGGCUCUCUCGGCCCCGCAGUGGACGGCGUCCCCCGCUGGUUCCGUGUCACGGCGAGCGCAUGUGGUGAGGAGGAGGAGGGAGAAGAGAAGCAGCGGAGAGGUGGGGUAGCACACAAAGUGGCGGCGCUGCCUGCUCGUAAUCUACCGCCUACAUUGGCGAGUGAUGGUGUGCGCAUGCGGGUGUCUGCCGUGACCUGGCCGUAUAUGGCACCAACACCUCCACCGAGAGAGGGAAAUCCAUCACAUCAUGCUCUUUAUGAGCCUGUGGAGGGCCCCCAACUCGUAGCGUGCACCUCGGAAGGGGAACCGGCUGCCACCGCACCCCCGCGUUCCACGGCACCCGCUCCCCGCGAAACGAAGUCUGCGAGCCACGUCCCUGCUCUCUCCCUCUCCCUCACACAGCAGCCUCAGCAUCACCUGCAAUGCCUCCUGCGGGUGCAGUAUCUCGAGGUACUGCUCAACCGACGACCCGGCGAAGCGCUGGUGUCGACGAGUAACGUGCUGGCCGUCGCACUCGGCCAGGCGAGCACGGCAGCGGACGGCUCCAUCGGUAUACGUGUUUUCCGUGUAGCUCCUACGCCCAGAGAGGAGGAGAAAGAGGUCGGAAGGAGCAGUGGUGCCACUAAGGCCACCCCGAUAUCGCCGCCUGAGCUGCCGCUUUUCGGCCUGUGCUCUCCGGUCCAAGUGGUGACGGUGUCGGAUGAGGCGGCGCUGUUGACGUGCGUGCGAGACGAAAUCCUCGCCUACGACCCCGACGUGCUCCUAUCUUGGGAGGGCUACAAGUACGGCUUGGGUUAUCUGGCGCUGCGCUAUCGAACCGUGCUGAAGCGCAGUCUGGCCGCGGACCUCUCUCGUAUACGACAGCACCAUGGCUAUCCGCCGCGGCCGGCCACGACUGCACGUACGGAGGGACAUCAACCAACGAAGGCGCGUGACGUUGACGGCAGCGAAGGCGGAAGGGGAGUUUUACGUCCCGCCGCCGCUUCCGUCUUGUCAGACCCACGGCACCUCCACACACUGCAGGAAGCGCGCAGAGUAGCGACGGGAGACGCAAGGGCAACGAACGUGAUGACCGGCGACGUUUUGCGCGAGGCGGAAGGGGCGUCAGCAGCGAGAGUACAGUUUCCCACGGCACCACCCCCGAUCGUGCCGCCGGCGCCCUCCCCGUCCACUUCCUCUUCCUCGUCCGCCUCCUCUACGGUGUUGAGCGAUGACGUGGAGCAGGACGGGGAUGAGGUAGACGAGGACGAUGCGCAGGACGGAGGCGCGACACCAUCGGGUUUCCGAGCACCCAACAACAUCAACAGCGGCGGCGGCACCACGCGCAUCGGUGGAUGGCGUCCGGGAGGGGGAUGGGGUAACCACCACCAGCAGCAGCAGCAGCAGUCUCACCAGCCCUAUGGAGCGGGGAGUUCAGGCACCACCGCGAGGUCGACACGGUCAUCAGCGAGUGAGUCCGCUGACGCUGCCGCCGCCUACUCGAGGCGUUUUGGUGCCAAUGUGCACAUCACGGGCCGCAUCUGCACCAGCUUCGGCAAGGACCUACGGAAGGAUGUGAAGAUGCCGAGUUACGCGCUGCCUAUGGUGCACGCCGAGCUGUUUGGGCAGCCGCUGCCGUACUUCACGGACACCUACUUGGCCGCUCUUUUUCACUCUACCGCAGACCCAGGUGAGCAUCAGGCGGCGCUGCGCUAUCUUGCGACGCGCGUUGCCGCCCCCCAUCGCAUCGCGUGUAAGCUGCACUGGUUCACGAAGCUGCUCGAGUUUUCGCGCAUGUAUGGGAUACUGACGGAGGAGGUGCUGACACGCGGUAGUCAGUUCCGCGUGGAGGCCACCCUCCUGCGUUUAGCCCACCCAUUGCGGUACGCCAUGCUCUCGCCCAGCCUCAUGCAGGUACAUCGACAGCCCCGUAUUGAAUGUAUUCCGCUCGUCAUGCAGCCCAAGGCGGACCUCUAUCGCAGAGACGACCCGAUUGUGGUGUUAGACUUCCGCAGCCUCUACCCCAGCAUCAUCAUCGCCUACAACCUGUGCUACACGACGUGCCUCGGCAUGGUGCAACCCACUGCACACGGCCGCCUAGGCGUGCUGGCGGACUUUACCCAACCCGACUCGUUGUUGGCGGAGCUGCUGCCCGAUGACGGUGCCCAGCACGACGGCGUUGUCUUCACGCCGAACGGCGCGAUGUUCGUGGCGACCAGCACACGCGUGGGUUUGCUGCCGCAGAUGGUGCAGGCCGUGCUGGACACCCGGUUUGAGGUGCAGGCCUCCUUCAAGCACAUCGCCGUACCGAUGCAGGACACGGCGAUGCAGCAGCGACUGCAGGAGCAGCAGCUCGCCUUGAAGAUGCUCGCCAACGUCACCUACGGCUACACCGCCGCGUCUUUCACCGGUCGGAUGCCCUGUGUGGACCUCGCGGAGGCGAUCGUCUCGCUGGGCCGGCAGACGCUGGAGCGGGCGGUGGCGCUGAUCCACAGCACCGCGGCGUGGCGGGCGGAGGUGGUGUACGGCGAUACCGACAGCUUAUUUGUUCGCUUGCAUGGUCGCACCUUAUCGGAGGCCUUCAUCGUCGGGCAGCAGAUGGCCGACGCUGUCACGCAGUCCAACCCCUCCCCGAUUCGGCUGCAAUUCGAGAAGGUGCUGUCGCCGUGUCUCCUGCUGGUGAAGAAGCGCUACGCAGGCUACAUGUGGACCUCGCCUACGCAGACAAGCCCCACAUUCUUAGCGAAAGGGAUUGAGGUGGUGCGACGCGAUCAGUGCCCGGCGACUGCGCAGCUGGUGCACCGCAUGCUUCGUCUGCUCUUUGACGGCUGCACGGCGGCCACGCUGAAGCACGUGUACUACACUGCAAUGGAGAAGGUGCAGGCCGGCGCGGUGAACCCGCUCCAGUGUAUUUUCCGCCGCGCGGUGAAGCUGGGUCGCUACGGGCGCGCGGGGGACGGGCACCUGCCACUCGCCGCCCGCCUCGCCCUGGCGCAAAUGGAGACGGACGUGACGGAGACACCGUACUGGGGCGAGCGGCUACCCUAUGUGGUGGUGCGGUCUACGCACUCCAUUGGCCAUCUCACCGAUCAGGUGCUACACCCCGCCCACUUGCUGUACCUGCAGGACAAGCACAGCCUGGAUGCAUCGUACUAUAUCACGCGGAACAUCAACUCCUCGCUGGACCGCAUGUUUUAUCUCGUCGGGAUCAGCUUUGCGCAGUGGUACCAGACAAUGCCGCGGCGCCGCACGGCUCACGCUGCAUUGCUGAACCUACCCACUUUUAUGAAGGCACAGGAGCAGCAGGUGAAAACACCAGAGGGCAGUCGUCCCCCUUCCGCCCCUCCUCCUCCGCCACCGCCGCACCUCCGCAGUCGCACGAGUGGAAGUGAUCCGCAAGGUGCGCGGCUGCAUCUGGCUUCGCAGCUCGCACUUCACAUGCAGCAGCUACUGCGUGAGACCAUUGAUCCCUUGUUUCUGCUACGCCGCGAGACGCAUCUUUGCACCGUGUCGACAGCGGUGAUCAGCGACGAUGACGACAACGGCGAGGCUGAUGCGGAAGGCGAUCGACGUAACGGUUCUGCUCGGUCCUCACCGCCGCCUCCGCCGGUGGAGGUGGAGGACUUGACUCGGCCCACAGUGCAUGAGUUUGUCGACGUAGAGCAGCUCAUGGCGACGCAGCGCGCAGGUCUGCCCUCUGCGGCCGCAGCUGUCGCUGCCGGUGGAGACAGCCGGUUAAAACCGCCGAGGCGCGCGGAGCAUUCGCACUCUCGACGACGGCGAUGCCGCGAUGCCAAGGCAGACGGGAGCGGCGUUACGUUGGACACCUUCUACCCCCGCACUUUAUGCAUCGUGUGCGAGAAGGAGGCGGUGAGUCUCGAUGACGUGCGACGCCAGCGCGAGGUGCUUCAGCGCGUUGUCAACACCCUGGGACACGGUGCAGGAGGCGCGGAGGCGGACGGUGGCGGGGUUGGCGAGCAGGUAACGCGCAGUCAUGAUCGUGCACACGCUGCGGCCGACGGAGAAACAGAAGCAGGUCAUGCCUUCGCUGCCACGACGCCUCUCCAACUCCCUCCCAUUUGCACCCGCUGCUGGAGCGACCCCUGCGCCCUCUACCUGCACGUCCAGGCGCGGUGUUGCACCGUUGGCCGGCAGCUCGACACACUCCACCACAUCUGCGCUAACUGCAUCGGCAGUGGUGGGGACUGGGGUGCACCGGCCCACGCGUUGUUUACGGCGGCGAUGCCGGACAUGGAGGACAUGGACGCGUUUUCACCUGUGCGGGUGAGGGGCGGCACGGAGGGCAGCGCAGCAGCGACCACGUACUCUGUCGGGAGUGUUUCCCGGCACCUUCUGUUCGCCGCGCAGCUUUCUGCCCGCGGGGUGCCGCACGGGUGUGUCUCGAUUGACUGCGCCGUCGGCUUCGAGAAGAAGUGGGUGACGGAGCAGUGGCAGCAGUGGCAGGCGGUGCAGAGGUUUUUAAGGGGCGUCAUGUGA